AGCUUUCUUCUCACCAGAAAGGAUCUGAUUCUUCUUGGGUUGGUUGAACUACUGAAAAAAAAAAAUUAAAAACAUAAAACCAACCCUUUGCUUCUUCUCGCAGCUGGAGUUUCCUUGGCGAGCAUCCUAUGAUAGAAAAGUUUCCUGCGGCUAGAUGGAUCCACCUGCUGCUGCCAGUAGCUGUAUGAGAAACUCUCACCCUACUGCCACCCUCUGGGGAUGCCUGCGGAACCCACAUGCUGAGGCCGGAGGGACACCAGGCCUCCACCAUUAUCCACAAGCCCCCUUUUCAUUCCACCACAAACCAGACUUGGGGGUUUAUUCAGACUUUUCAACUUCUUGCCUGGCUGCGGCCCCUCAAAGCCAUCCCCGGGAUGAACGGGCUUUUGUGGAUGAGCAUCAUCCUUCCUUCCAGAACCCUGCUUGGCACUUCACAGCCCUAGAGGGGCGAAGGCGGCUUCCGGCUGAGUUGGCUCUAGGGAUGGGAGAGCCAGAGAGUGGCAGCCCAAAUGUGGUUGAUACGACAAUAGGCACAGGUGAAGAUUUCAUCCUGGCAGGGAAUGCAGUGAGUGAAAUGGAGAAGAAACCAUCCAGGAGGAAAAAGGGAAAUGCAGAGAAUCAAGACACAGGUGGAGGAGGCAAUAACCAGACUUCCACCUCCACUACCACAAAAGCAGAAGCCAACAGCUCCAAAGCACGGAAGGAGCGCACUGCCUUCACAAAGGACCAGUUGCGGGAGUUGGAGGCAGAAUUUGCACACCACAACUACCUGACAAGGCUCCGGAGAUAUGAGAUCGCAGUGAAUCUUGACUUGACGGAAAGACAGGUCAAAGUAUGGUUUCAGAACCGCAGGAUGAAAUGGAAACGAGUGAAAGGCGGACAGCCAGUGUCACCACAGGACCACAACAUGGAGGACAUGGACUCUGCUGCUUCCCCUAGCUCAGAAUAAUGCUUUCUUAAGUGACUCCAUAGGUCUGGAUCAACUGCUUGGUGUAUCAGUGUCACUCCAGAUUAUACAGAUUUCCUCCUAAGACUGUCACGUGACUUUGACCAAGGAUAGUCGAAGGAACAGCUUCAGAGCACCUGGUUUUGCUUUCUCAAGUAGCUCUGGUCAGUCUCACAUUCUGAGAUUGAAUUCCUUUUGCAAGCAACCCAAAAGGGGAACAGAUCUCAACUGUGUAGAAGUGGAUUCCUAACAUGUCCAUGAUAAAGACAUACUUUUAUUUUUUUACAGUAGAGAAAUCCACUUAGACAUUGUGUUCAUUUCAUAUUCCCUUCCUCCUCAGAUUCAUGUAAAGAAACAAAAACAAUACUGAAAGUCUGUGGCAGAAAACUAGCUGUGCAUGAUAUUGAUUUGUUGGCCUUCUGUCAUGUCACCACAAUGGCCUUAUAAAGCCAAUGUCUGCAGCAGUUUUGCACUUAAAAAUAAAAUCUUCCUUUACAAUAACAACAAUAAAAAGUAGGGGGGUGAAUGAAAUGAACAAUGCAGCAUCUUAAAAUCAAGAAUGGAGUACCAAACACACCAAAGGUUGGUUUUCAACUCUUUUCAUCCCAAAUCACAGAGGUUUCCCAAUCUUGCUUUACAAGCCCAACUAAAAGGAAGAUAGUCUAUUUGUGGAAUGGUAAUGGGGAAAAUCAGGCCAGAAAUUUUACUUUUGUGGCUACGGCUCCCAGAAUGCCCCAGCCAACUAUGAAAUUCAGAGCUGUAGUCUAAAUUUUAGGAGUGAAGCCAACUUUUCAUAGCAAGUAAA